CAUUCGGAAACCGUUACUGUGUGUGCCUUGUUCCCUAUAAUCAAGGAUCUCCAAUACACCGACUCGAAGCGAAACCAGUUGCUUGAUCCAACAGAGACUGAUGGCUGCAGGAGAAUCAGCCUGCGAAUCCUUGGCAACGGUGGCCGACAAAGCUCCGAUCACUGCUGAGAGGAAUGUCCGCGUCGACUUCUUAGACAUCCAUCUCCCCAAACCCUAUUUGCCUCGGGCCUUGGUUGCUCCUGAUUCUGAGAACGUCAAUGGCACCUGGGGCCACAGGCAUAAUAACAUGUCCGUGCUUCAGCAGCACGUCGCCUUCUUCGACCUCGACAACGAUGGCAUCAUCUACCCCUGGGAGACGUUCCGAGCACUUGGCUCGGUUGGGUUUAAUGUGAUUUCUUCCCUGUUAUUAACGUUUUUCAUACACGCAGCUAUGAGUUAUCCUACUCUUCCGACAUGGCUACCUUCGCCUUUCUUCCCAAUUUACAUGCGAAACAUACACAGGGGGAAACACGGAGGCGACACGGGGAGUUAUGACACCGAGGGAAGGUUCAUCCCGGCAAAUUUGGAGAUCAUGUUCAGCAAGUAUGCACGCAAGGUGCCUGAUAAAUUGACGCUGAGGGAGAUCUGGCACAUGACCCAGGCCAACAGUGUUGCAUAUGACUUCUUUGGCUGGGCAAUGAGUAAAUUGGAGUGGGGAGCUCUGUAUGUUUUGGCCAGAGAUGGAGAAGGGUUCUUAUCAAAAGAAGCCGUGAGGCGCUGUUUUGAUGGCAGCUUAUUCGAGUAUUGCGCUCGCAUGCACAAGGGAGCCGCCGCCGCAAAGACGCUUUGACAUCACCAUAGUGUUGUUAUUUUCACGGAUGUGAAUAUUGUGGCUCGGAGACCAGCAACUUGGUUAUUAUUCCAAAUCUAGCCAACUAUCUCACUGGCUUGCUUCAGCCCCUAAAGCAAGGACCAUGGCUGGAUGGCCUCGCUGCAAUGAUUUAAGUUUUAGACCAUUACUUGCAUAGUUAGUUAUUGUUAAAUAAAUUGUGAUUCAUAACAUCGCAUAAAAAGAAGGGGAAAAAAAAUUCUGCUUU